AUGUCGGACCCAGAUACUGCUGUCUUGCGAACCACUUUUCCCUCCUACAUGGCGGAGGGCGAGCGGCUGUAUCUGUGCGGAGAAUUCAGUAAAGCUGCCCAGAGCUUCAGCAACGCUCUUCAUCUCCAGAAUGGAGAUAAGAACUGCCUGGUUGCCCGUUCCAAGUGCUACCUGAAGAUGGGAGACUUGGAGAAAUCCCUGAGCGAUGCUGAGGCUUCACUCCAGAGUGACCCAACAUUCUGCAAGGGGAUUUUGCAAAAGGCAGAGACCCUGUACACUAUGGGAGACUUCGAGUUUGCCUUGGUGUUCUAUCAUCAAGGCUACAAGUUGCGGCCUGACCGAGAAUUCAAAGUUGGCAUUCAGAAGGCCCAAGAAGCCAUCAACAACUCAGUGGGGAGCCCUUCUUCAAUUAAGCUGGAGAACAGAGGGGACCUGUCUUUCUUAAGCAAGCAAGCUGAGAGUAUGAAAGCCCAGGAGAAGCCUCAACCAAUUAGACACUUCUUACAAGACACCAAGAGGGAGAGCAAGCGGAAAGGUUCAUACAAGAGUGAGAAGACGUUUCGCCAGCUCCUGGGGGAGCUCUACGUGGACAAGGCGUACCUGGAAAAGCUCCUACUGGACGAAGACCUGAUCAAAGGCACCACCAAGCAUGGCCUGACUGUGGAGGACCUCAUCAUGACUGGCAUCAACUAUCUUAACAUCCGCAGUAACUUCUGGCGGCAGCAGAAGCCGAUCUACGCCCGGGAGCGGGACCAGAAGCUAAUGCAGGAGAAGUGGCUGAGGGAUCGCAAACGCCGUCCCUCACAAACAGCCCACUAUAUUCUCAAGAGCCUUGAGGACAUUGACAUGUUGCUGACCAGUGGCAGUGCUGAAGGGAGCCUUCAGAAAGCCGAGAAGGUGCUGAAGAAGGUCCUGGAGUGGAACCAAGAAGAUGUGCCCAACAGGGAUGAACUGGUCGGAAACUUGUACAGCUGCAUAGGGAACGCCCAGAUUGAGCUGGGGCAGAUGGCAGCAGCCCUCCAGAGCCACAGAAAGGACCUAGAGAUCGCCAGACAAUAUGACCUUCUUGAUGCCAAAUCAAGGGCCCUCGACAACAUUGGCAGAGUUUUUGCCAGACUUGGGAAGUUCCAGCAAGCCAUUGACACGUGGGAAGAGAAGAUCCCACUGGCCAAAACCACCCUGGAGAAGACCUGGCUGUUCCAUGAGAUCGGCCGCUGCUACCUGGAGCUGAAUAAUGCCUCGCAGGCCCAAUCCUAUGGCGAGAAGUCCCAGCAGUGUGCUGAGGAGGAAGGGGAUAUUGAGUGGCAGCUGAAUGCCAGCGUCCUGGUAGCACAGGCUCAAGUGAAGCUGAGAGACUUUGAGUCCGCGGUGAGCAACUUUGAGAAGGCCCUGGAGAGGGCGAAGGUCGUCCACAACAGCAAGGCGCAGCAGGCGAUCAUCAGUGCCUUGGACGAUGCCAACAAGGGCAUCAUUGAAGAGCUGAAGAAAACAAACUACAGGGAGACCCUCAAAGAAAGGAAAGAGGAGGCCAUGGACAUAGGUGAGAUCUCAGUGUUGGCAAGGACACUGAGUGAGAAGGAAAUACAACAAAUGAAAGAGGAGCCUGAGAAGGUGAAGCAGUGGCAGAACAGCCAUAUUAAUAUAGAUGAUGAGAUAGACAGGAAAGACCUGAGGAGUACUGGGCAGGAGCAGACAGACAGCAGGCAGGGCCUGCAGACAGGAAGCACUGACUCCUCCACAGAACUGGAAGCGGCGGAGAGCGGAGAUUUGGCAGACAUUGGCAAAAGAUUGCCUGGAGAAUUAAGCAGAAGAGAAUCAGGAGAAACAGACAGACUGAAAUCAGAAGAACUCUACAGGAAACUUGCAGGCAAAGUAGGCCAGGGGCUCUCCGGUUUGAGGAGAGAUUCAGAAGGAAGCACAAUGUCAGAAGUAGGCAGAAGAGCAUCCGUAGAACUGGAAGAGUCAGAAGAAAUAGGAAACAUAGAAAAUUCUGAAGAGAUGGAACAAAGUGGAGAGGAUAGAUGA